GGAAGGACGAGAGCUGGUCGGUUCCGAGCCGUAGUAGAAGCACUUUGAAGCGCUCUGACACAACGAACGCCUCAGGGAUGGGAGUUCUCGGUAUGCUGCUGUGCACAAACACACAUGUGGUGGCCUGACUCAAGGCCUGACUCACAUCUGGCAUUGCUGCAGUGUGAUUUGAUUUCCAGCCACAGGCCGCUCCGCUACCGCCAAGGAUCUGGCCACCAGCAAGGUGAUGACCUUCGUUCCCAACGUGCAGCCGAGUGUGCAGAGCCUCCAAGUGCAGCAGCAGAUCCUGCAGCAUGAGCUUGAGGCGCUGCAACAGGACUUGUCGCAGCUCCAGAAAGCAGAAAAGACCUUCACUGCCUACAGGGUGAGGCAGGGCAGCCAGUGAAUGGCAGUCAGAUCAGAAGGACGAGAUGGAAACAGGCAUGGUGAUGAUGUGAUGUGGUGUGUUGCGCGUUCGUUGUGUGCUGUGGUUGUUGCUUGCCCCGGCCGCCUGCAGAGCAAGAUGGAGUGGCGUGUGAGGGGCGGGCGGCUGUUCUGGUGCCUCCUCCUGCUGCAGCUGCCCCUCGCACUGCUGCUGCAUUUCACCACGGACCAGUGCAACGGCGAGGGCUUCCUCUCCUUCUCCCUCUGCGGCCUCCUCUGGUGGGUGCACUCCUGGAACCUCGGCGGAGUAUUGUAUCUACUCAUGCACCGAGUGGCGCCUUACUUCGCCGAUGACAUCGGUAACGCGCCCCAUAUGGACGCGAUCGCGGAGGAGCUGCAGGUUAGCCUCGACAGCCUGACCCAGAAGCUGGCGGACGCACACCAGCUGCUGGCGCAAGUGACCGCCGUGCUCGAGGGGCUGUAGCCAUACAUAAAUACGUUCUUUAUCUACUCAUGUGUAAGUAAGAGGCGUCUGUUUGUUGUUUCCGCCGCCUUCUGUCCCUCUGUGUUUCGCUUCUAAUUUUCCUGGCUGCGUGCCAGCGGUUUUGCUUUACACUAUAUCAUAUCUAUUUGUAGUGAUGGAUACCUGGCUAUGGUGCAGUGUGUGUGUGUGUGUGUGUGGACGGCUGUGUACUGACUGAGUUGCUGGCGGGACUCAUCGAUGCCACGCCAUGUGCGUGGCGAGAGACCGAACCGAAUCAAUCGGUGGACAAAGGUGCGGAUGAAAUGCGUCACUUACAUG